CGGCGGAUGGAACGGUGUUGGAGCUCGACGAAUCCAAUUUCGAUCUCGCCAUUUCUUCAUUUGAUUACAUAUUGGUCGACUUUUACGCCCCUUGGUGCGGCCACUGCAAGCGUCUUUCUCCAGAGUUGGACGCUGCUGCACCUCAGCUUGCCAAAUUGAAGGAGCCUAUAGUUCUUGCAAAACUGAAUGCUGACAAGUUUACUCGUCUUGCUAAAAAAUAUGACGUUGAUGCCUAUCCUACAAUCAAGAUCUUCAUGCAUGGCGUUCCAGUAGACUAUUAUGGACCAAGGAAAGCAGAGUUACUUGUCCGUUAUUUGAAGAAAUUUGUUGCCCCAGAUGUCUCAAUUCUCGAGUCAGACUCAUCGAUUAAUGAAUUUGUUGAAGCUUCUGGGCCUUACUUCCCUAUUUAUUUGGGUUUCGGUUUAGAUGAAUCUAUUAUUUCUAAAUUUGCUAUCAAGUACAAGAAGAAAGCUUGGUUUUCAGUGGCCAAGGGAUUCUCGGAGGAUAUCAUGGUAUCUUAUGAUUUUGAUAAAGUUCCUGCCUUGGUUUCUAUCCAUCCAAAUUACAACAAUGAACGGAGCAUUUUUUAUGGUCCCUUUGAAGAUAAAUUCUUGGAGGAGUUCAUAAAACAAAGCUUGUUCCCUCUUGUUCUGCCCAUAAACUACGACACACUUAAGCUACUAAAGGACGAUGAGAGGAAAAUAGCACUCACAAUAGUGAAGGAUGAGGAUGAUGACCAGACAAAGAAUUUGAUCAAUUUAUUAAAGGCUGCUGCAUCUGCUAAUCGUGACUUGGUGUUUGCUUAUGUCGGGGCUAAACAGUGGGGAGAAUUUGCUGAUUCAUUUGGGGACAAGAAGACCACAUUACCAAAAAUGAUCAUUUGGGAUGGGAAGGAGGAAUACUUAAUGGUUAUUGGUUCAGAAAGCAUCAUUGGGAACGACCAUGCAUCGGAAAUCUCUCAAUUUGUUGAAGGAUAUAGGGAAGGGAGAACUGAAGAAAGAAGAGUUGCAGGUCCUUCGUUUAUUGGCUUCAUAAAUUCAAUGAUAGGCACCUGGAGUGUAUACAUCAUUGUAUUUAUAGUUGCAAUAGUAAUGCUUUUCCAAUACCUCACAAAAGAUGAUAACGAAUAUCAUAGAGUCGAUACUCCUGCUCGGGAUCAGGUUGACCAAAUUAGUGGCAGCUCUACCUCACAGGUUGAAAGGACUGAGUACAGGGCUGGUGACAAGGAAGAUUGAAUGUGAAAUUUGGUGAAUUAAUUAUUAGCAUGACCUUUGAACGGCUUAGGGAAGCAGAUAUUGACAAGAAUCAGACAUAAAAGUAUCUUGGGAGCCAUGAAAUAACUGAUGAAAUGUGUUUUUUGGUGAUCUGUUCCCAAGCGCUUUACCCCUUGCGAAAGUGAACUUAUAUUUGAUGUAUGCUUUUUAUGCUUUACUUUGUAACAGUUAGGUUUCUUGGAUCAAUCGAAUUGACUUAUGCAGAUAGAUGUUGUUCA